AGAGAGGAGACACGGCUAGAGAGAACUGCACUGGGACUGACAGAACACACAGCCUCCCAGGAUGUUCAGCAAGAAGAAGGAGUACGACCUGGUGAAAGUCGCCCAGUGAGUCUGCCCUCCGUUGCCUGAACUUUUAUGUGUUUGUGUGUCGUGUUUCCUUCUCUUUCCUUCACUUUCCUUCUCUUUCCUUCUCUUUUCACUGUCUCUUAUUUAUCUUUUUCAUUGCAUCCCAGCCUGCUUGUGUUCCCUGGUGGGGUGACCUGGAAUCUAGUUCACUGCACAUGUGGGCAUUUGUUGACUGGUCUUUUCUAAGUCCAACUUGGAGUGUAUUUUUAAGAGUCUGCAGUCUUCCAAGACAAUGCAGUAGAUGAUUUAGAUGAAGUAUCAUAUUUGAUCUAUGAGCACUUAAUAUUGGAAACAUCUCAUGUCAAGUAAAUGGACAGACCUUAUAUAAGCAUAAAAUGUAUCUUAUCUGCCGCCGAUUGAUGACGAGACAAGACAACAAUUUACGUAGUAACUGUCACAAUUCGUUUACUUUUCUGAGAAAAGAGAAAUCUCAUUGGUAUUUGGACUGUGUUUUAUGUAACCACACCACUCGUGUGCCUUUAGCAAUGGGGUGUAACAUUAAUGUGCAUUGAUUCUCCACAUUGCUCUCAGUAUUCAAUAGAUGGCUGCUCUGACUAAUUAUGUAGACAGAGCAACAAUAGCUCUGAUGGAUAAUACUAUGUUACACUAAGGUGGCCUGGCCUGGUAACAAAGAGCCCAGAGCACAUAAAAGCACUGGUUGAAGAAGUGUGAUCUCACAGAAGUUCAGUGAGGACUGUGAGUAACAGACAGCAGAUUUGGAAUGUGUUUAGGUACAUCGCUGGAAGACUCAGGAUUUAUGUUUAUAUAGAGAAGAGGGUAUGUGCUGUUGCUUAAAUAGUUUCAAUCAGAUUUGUGUACAUACAAAGUUGCAUAGAGAUGAAUAGAUAAGAUGUCUUUGUGCAAUAUGUACUAUGUUCCUUUCAAGUGUGCCUUAAUAAAUCAAUAAUCUGAGGCUUAUUUUUCAGUUCCUUUACGUCACUGAACUGUGUCACUCAUCACAUGUCACUUGCGGGGACACACUCCACAUUACUCCUACGCUGGGGUGUGUCUUGGAGCCAAAGGGCUGACAUUAUGCCUAGGGCAUUUCUAAACUAAAGGAAUGACAGGGUGUAGAGUCUGGAUCCACUGCAGCUCUCUGUCUUCUAGAACCAGCAGGGUGACUUUUAGGCUUCCUUUUACUGCCUGCCUGCCACACUCCUACUCACCCUGACAUGUGUGUGUGCUGUUUGCUUUGGUACUGUAGCUAUGCAUUAUCCAACUCCUUUUAACCUUCUUUAGGAUAUGACAGGAUAUGACAGGAUAUGUCUGCUAACCUAGAUGGCUCCUACAGCUAUGUGGACUUUGUCAUUUUACGACAUAUACUAACAGAGAUAAGCAGUUGUCUAAAUGACUCAAAGCUGUCCUGAUGCAACAAGGCAUGUAUGAGAUACUGGAUACCAUAAUAUUUAAACAGUAAAUCUCUCCCCCCACUAUCGCUAUUAGUUUUAUUGUCCCAUUGGAAUGUAAUUGCGAUUCAUGGGGACAUCAGUAGAAUUCUAUGUGCCAUGUCACCCAUUCACUCUAAAUUCCUGAGGACACUCCUCAAUAAUCCGUCAAUGUGAGGGUGUGUACGAAUAAAUAGCUGACUUUCAUAACAGCGACUACUAGUAGGAAUGACAGAACAAUAAGUACAAGAACACACAGACUUAAAGAUGUGUUGAUUACUAGAUGAGUGUGGAUGAGUGACAGUCCUUUGUAGAGUUGGAUGGGGGAGGAUUCCUUUUUGUUCUGCCUGAGGCUGGUUCUCAUUUUGAUUAUUCUACCAAACCUGGAAUCUGGUUCCUGAACAUUCAGGUUGUUCUACUGAGCUCGCUUAGAUAGGCCUACUGGUUUCAGCAAUGUGUCAAUUACACUGAUGUGAAUGGAGGUUUGACUUUUCUCUUCCCAGGAGCCAAGCUAAUGACGUGGCCGUGCUGGUGGCGCGCAUGCAGAGCAAUGCAGACCAGGUGGAGAAGAAUGUGCUGCGCUCUGAGGAGCUGAUGGCUGUGGUAAGAGGUCCUACCAUCCCUACCCACACACUGCGUGUGUAUGUAAUUACACAGUUAUACAUACAUACACCUUUACCUAACAUUUACACUGCCCUAUUCAAUGAAAUAUGCAUUCCUAAAUUCCACUUCAUCAAGCAAAAACAUUUCAAUCCCCCCACAGAUAUUUUAUCAAGGUGCAAUUCAACACAAAUGUUUCAUGAUGGGGAGUACCUUGUGUGGCAUUUACAAGUCCAUUGUCUGUUUCCAUUUCUGUUCCAGGACACAGUGAAUGAGAAGAAGCACAGGCCCUUACUGCACCAGAAGAAGAAUGCAGAGAUCCUGGCUGAGGCUGAGGGGCUGCUGAAGGACCUGUUCCUGGAUGUGGACCGGGCCAAGAAGCUUUCACACCCACAGGCUGGAGAGAUAGAGAGCGAGUGAGUUCCAGCAAGAACACACACACACACACACACACACACAAUCACACACACACACACACACACACACACACACACACACACACACACACACACACACACACACACACACACACACACACACACACACACACACACACACACACACACACACACACACACACACACACACAUACACACACCCUUAGAACAUGAAACAAUGGUUUUGUGACAGAGAUACUUUUCCAGAGGCUCUCAGCGAAUGUUCUGAACACUCAUGUUCUCUCUUUCCCUCUUUUAUUAUGCCUCUUAAUUCUCAUUUUUUUCUGGUCCUCAGUGUGAGAAACCUCCAUGACCGCUGGUCUAAGGACUGUACCAUGUACCGGGACCUGUAUGAGGCAGUGCAGGAGGUAGAGCUCACUCCCAGGAUUGACUGGACUCAGGUGCUGGAGGAGAAACAGGUGAGCCUGCCAUAUCCUUGGUAAUACUCUAUUCAAGACCAGUAUGGCGUAGACAGUACUGUACUGCCAUUAUAUAACAACUUUGGUUGAUCACUGCUUUCUACUGGUGCAACCAAACCUUUGGUAUUAACUCCUAGUUGCUUGGAGUAACUUAUACACUGCUCAAAAAAAUAAAGGGAACACUUAAACAACACAAUGUAACUCCAAGUCAAUCACACUUCUGUGAAAUCAAACUAGGAAGCAACACUGAUUGACAAUGAAUGUCACAUGCUGUUGUGCAAAUGGAAUAGACAACAGGUGGAAAUUAUAGGCAAUUAGCAAGACACCCCCAAUAAAGGACUGGUUUUGCAGGUGGUGACCACAGACCACUUCUCAGUUCCUAUGCUUCCUGGCUGAUGUUUUGGUCACUUUUGAAUGCUGGCGGUGCUUUCACUCUAGUGGUAGCAUGAGACGGAGUCUACAACCCACACAAGUGGUUCAGGUAGUGCAGCUCAUCCAGGAUGGCACAUCAAUGCGAGCUGUGGCAAGAAGGUUUGCUGUGUCUGUCAGCAUAGUGUCCAGAGCAUGGAGGCGCUACCAGGAGACAGGCCAGUACAUCAGGAGACGUGGAGGAGGCCGUAGGAGGGCAACAACCCAGCAGCAGGACUGCUACCUCCGCCUUUGUGCAAGGAGGAGCAGGAGGAGCACUGCCAGAGCCCUGCAAAAUAACCUCCAGCAGGCCACAAAUGUGCAUGUGUCUGCUCAAACUGUCAGAAACAGACUCCAUGAGGGUGGUAUGAAGGCCCGACGUCCACAGGUGGGGGUUGUGCUUAUAGCCCAACACCGUGCAGGAUGUUUGGCAUUUGCCAGAGAACACCAAGAUUGGCAAAUUCGCCACUGGCGCCCUGUGCUCUUCACAGAUGAAAGCAGGUUCACACUGAGCACAUUUGACAGACGUGACAGAGUCUGGAGACGCCGUGGAGAACGUUCUGCUGCCUGCAACAUCCUCCAGCAUGACCGGUUUGGCGGUGGGUCAGUCAUGGUGUGGGGUGGCAUUUCUUUGGGGGGCCUCCAUGUGCUCGCCAGAGGUAGCCUGACUGCCAUUAGGUACUGAGAUGAGAUCCUCAGACCCCUUGUGAGACCAUAUGCUGGUGCGGUUGGCCCUGGGUUCCUCCUAAUGCAAGACAAUGCUAGACCUCAUGUGGCUGGAGUGUGUCAGCAGUUCCUGCAAGAGGAAGGCAUUGAUGCUAUGGACUGGCCCGCCCGUUCCCCAGACCUGAAUCCAAUUGAGCACAUCUGGGACAUCAUGUCUCACUCCAUCCACCAACGCCACGUUGCACCACAGACUGUCCAGGAGUUGGCGGAUGCUUUAGUCCAGGUCUGGGAGGAGAUCCCUCAGGAGACCAUCCGCCACCUCAUCAGGAGCAUGCCCAGGCGUUGUAGGGAGGUCAUACAGGCAUGUGGAGGCCACACACACUACUGAGCCUCAUUUUGACUUGUUUUAAGGACAUUACAUCAAAGUUGGAUCAGCCUGUAGUGUGGUUUUCCACUUUAAUUUUGAGGGUGACUCCAAAUCCAGACCUCCAUUGGUUGAUAAAUUUGAUUUCCAUUGAUCAUUUUUGUGUGAUUUUGUUGUCAGCACAUUCAACGAUGUAAAGAAAAAAGUAUUUAAUAAGAUUAUUUCAUUCAUUCAGAUCUAGGAUGUGUUAUUUUAGUGUUCCCUUUAUUUUUUUGAGCAGUGUAUUUCAGAAUGUAGUAGUAGUGGUACAACACUUUAUUAUCCCCAGGGGGAAAACAGCCAAACAAAGUUAACAAGACAUGUGUUUGAGGUCAACAUUUAGCUGAACUCUAGAGGAUUUACUGUACCUGUGUGUUGUGUGUUAUAGAAGCAGAUAAGUGCAGAGGGGUAUGGGCCCAACCUGUCUGAUGUGGAGAAGCAGAUUGCCUCUCAUAACAUCCUGCACCAGGAAAUCGAGGCUUACGGCUCCCAAAUGAACCGCAGCAGCACUGGCUCUCCGGUAAAGACUACAAAGCCCUUGGCUGCUUUCUUCACUCUCCUUCUCACCAAAACUAGGGAUAAACUCUAAACAAUGAUUGUCAUGUUCUGUUUCGCUCUGUCCACAGGCAAAGUUGUCUACCAUUCAGAGACAGUACACAGAUCUCUUGGUGAGUUAUUGUCCAGAAGUUAUGUAAUAAAUCUGUGUGUGCAUUAAAGUAUGGCUCUGACAUGUCAAAGGGGCUCAAAAUGCUACACUGUUGUGGUUGUAUUUGAACCUUUGUGCCUGUGUUAUCUCUCCACCGUUGACUAUAAGAUAGUCCAGGUGUGACUGAUCUCUGUCUCUCCCCAUGCUGUGUGGUGCAGGAGGCCUCCCUGUGGAGACACAGGUACCUGGCCUCUCUGUAUGACUACAUGCAGGGCUGCAGUAAGGAGCUUGUCUACCUGAGCGAGUACCAGGAGAGGAUCCUCAAGAAGGACUGGAGCGACCGCAUGCUGGACCCCCCAGGGGUGCGCAUGGAGUACGAGAAAUUCAAAAACAACACUCUGCUAACACAUGAGAGCGAGACCAUCCAGCUACAGAUGGAUGGGGAUCAUCUCCUUGAAAUGAAGCACCCUGCCAGCUCCACAAUACGGGUAUGUUUAUAUGGCUACAAAAUGUCAACCUUUCCCAUUGUAAUAGCUGAAGUAUAGGACAUUGGGUUAUUCAUCAUCUACUCUGAUCUUCCCUGGGUCAAUAUGCUUGGUUUGUCUCAGGCACACAGCGACGCAUUGCAGAAUGAGUGGCAGAGCUUCCUCAACCUGUGCAUCUGCCAGGAGGUACACCUUGACAACAUAGACAACUACAGGAAGGUACGUCAUCUCUUGACCCUGGGAAAUUAUGUUUCUUAUGGCUUGUUGUCAUGGCUCAAUGUAACAUUGCUCCUAUGUGUGUUCCUACCUACAGUACCAGCUGGAUGUAGAGACUUUGUCUGAGUCCAUGAAGAGACUCAACUCUAAUCUGGACCCCAAAUCACUGGACAACAAGAGCAACCCAGAGAUCCUGCUACAGCUUGAGGUGAGAUUUGGUUUAUUCUUUGUAUCUAAGUUCAGUAGUUUCUAUGACGUACAGCAUUAUUUCAAUCUGUUCUCUAAUAUACUCUUCUGCAUCUCAUAUCCUCAGGGUGAUGAGAGAGCGAUAGAGAGGAACGAACAGCGCCUCGUAGCCCUGAGGGAGUUCAGCAGCACCAUCGCCCCUCUGAAGCUGCGGCGUCUCCGCCCCACCAAACCCACCCCCGUGGUGUCCCUGUGUGAAUGGACCAACGGAGAGGUAUAAAAUAGCUUCAUAGAAUAGCAGUGUGAGAGUUCUGAGAAGCUAAAGGGCAAACUAAUGUCCUGUCAAUUGACAGCUGUAGAACAAUAUAAUGAUGCAAACUCCUGUCACCCUUAGGACUCAGUGUCUCAAGCAGAGAAGCUCAUGCUAAAGUCCAACUCAGACAAUGAGAACUGGGAGGUCCAGACCAGCACUGGGAAGACCAAAACCCUGCCUGGAACCUGCUUCCUGGUCCCACCACCAGACACUGAGGCCCUUGAGAAAGUGGAAAGGUAAAGAGAGAGAGAAAAGUGCACUCUCCUUAUUACAAUGACCCAAAACUUAACCACCGUCACAGGCAAACUGUUAUGUCAUUGUGUGUUUGUGUGUCCAGUCUGGACAGAGAGCUUUCUAACCUGAAGAGAAAGAGAACUACUCUGAUGGCCUCCCUGAGGAGCCCCAGUGUGGAGGUGGUGCGCUCAGUGAGAGCAGGUUAGUGGAACAUCACUCCACUUGUUCAGAACUUUAGCAUAAAUCACUUAGUUUGAACUCACAGUGGGAACCUAGUAGAUACAGGGCACUAGAUUCAGUGUGGCCCUCUCCUGUCCCCUUAUUUCUCACUGUGCCCUCUGCUUCUCCUCAGCCCCUGUGGCUAGUUCCCCAGAGGACCCAAAGACCACAGUGCUGGCCAGCCAGCUGGACAAGAUCAGCAAGAACCUGGACCACAGUGAGAAGGACAUCCUGAGCCGGCUGAGGGCCCCUCUGGAUCGGAGUGACCCCACACGUGACCUGGCCAACAGGCUGAAGGAGCAUGAGGUGAAGGGAUCGUUUUUUUUUUUUUUCAGACCACUGCAGCCUGCUACAUAGCAUAAUUAUAAUAGACAGUGUGGUUCCAGAGUGUAAUAUCAUUGGUGUGUUUCUCCCUUCAGAGGGCCACCCUAACUGUGAGGAACCUUGAGGCAGAGAAGGCAGCGGUCCAGAGAGAUAUGGAACCCAUCCUAGCCCAGAAGCACCUUGGGCCCACCACCUCCGCCCUGUCCCUCAAACUGAGUGGUCUUAGCAACAAGUUUGACGACACCAACGUCCUCUGUGACCUGUACAACAAAAAGUAUGAAUUUAGUUUACAAUGUGAAAUAAAUAAAAAAGCUGUGUAACGGUUGGGUUGUCUAUAUGUUCUUUUUUUUAACUGUUUUUUAUUUAUUUUAUUUUUUACAUCCAAUUCCUCAAGAUUCUUCUCACUCACUAAUGUCCUUUCUCUUGACCAGAGCCACAGCUUCCAUGUUCCUGGAGAGGCAGAUCAAUAUGGUAGACAACUCAGUCUCUGGCUUUGAGGAGCAGUUGGCUGAAGAUGCUGCCAUCCCUGAUGUCCCCAACGUCCUCCAGACACGCAUCCAGAAGCUUCAGGUAACACUGUUUCAAUCAUAUGACCACUUAAAGUUCAUCACAUGUUCAAUUCAUGUCAUUAUGAUGGACUCUUACAAGUUGCAGUAAGUGUUCUGUUUGAUUGACCCAUCCUCUUUGAUCCGUCCCCUGUGUUUCUCCCUUGUCCUACAAACAGAACAUGCGGAAGGAUGUAGCGUUAAAGCAGGACGAGAUGCUGAAGCUGAGCAGGGACUUGGAGUCCACAGAGCAGUUGAGCAGCUCCCUGCAGAAGGGCUUCCAUGAGUACUGCCCAGACAUCCGCCGCCAGCAGACAGAGGUCAAACACCUGAAGAACCGCUAUGCCAACGUCAACAGUCAGCUACAGGAGAGGUGAGAACCCCAUUUGUCCCACAACUAUAUGUAACAGUUAUAUGUGUCUUGUGUCUGUGGUUACUUCUGUGGUCUAUGAUAUACUGAUGAUUAAUACAAAUAUAUAUAUUGUUAUAGAACAUUUCUGAUGCAAGAGGCAACCAAUAAGAAUCAAGGCUUCCAGAGCUCUGUCCAAUCAUUGAACUUAUUUUUGACCAACCUGCCUAAUAAUACGAUCAAGCCAAGUGAUGGACUUUCUCAAAUUAACUCCAAGCAGAACUCUCAGAAGGUUUGUGGGUUUAUUUUAUUUUUGUGUUAUUUUAUCUCAAUAAAUGUGUCUGCUAUGAACAUCGUCAGUUCUCUGCAGUAUGCUUAUUUUGUUCUUAUUGUGUGUUUGUUUUCUUUUCAGAGAGUGGUGGAGGACAUAAAAAGGAAAUCAGAUGAUGUGGGCCUAGCUGUGAAACAGUCCCGUGACUUGCAGAAUGUACUCAAUGUGAGUAAAAUAAAUUAAAUCUAAUCAGAGCUAACAUUAUAAAUGUCCAUAUCAGUUGAACGGUUUUGGUCAAUGUUGUUCUUAAAAGAGUAAACAAAUAUUCACCAUGUCUCAUAGGAGUAUGAGGCCAAAUCUGAUAAGUACCGUGGUACACUGAAAGAUGUGGAUGAUGAAGAUGCCAAAAGACGUCACACAUCCUCCAUGGCUGACGCUGUGCUGAAAAAGGUAUUGUGGACCUGAGAGACUGCAACAAUCCUCAUCCUAUAGUUGACUUAAUUUGCAUUCAAGUUGGGGCAUUGAUUCAAGAUCCAUGAUCUGACCAGAGGCUGUGUGUUUCGGUUUCAGGAGAGAGCUCUAUUGAACCUCUACUCAGAGGUGUCUGCAGAGAAUGAUCAGCUUCUUAACAAGAUGGGAUUGGCUAAGAACAUAAUUGCCCAGGUAUGACACAAUUACUUUGUAAAACAUCAACACAGUGGAUUCGGUAAUCCAUCAUAAAGUAGUAUAGGUUACACUAAAUUGUCCACUGUUACCUGCUCUGAACAGAAUGAAGAGAAGGUGAGCCAGGUGGUGGUGAAACAGCAGCGGCAGCUGCAGAGUCAGCAGAAAGACCUGGAGGAAACAGACGUUCUAAAGAGAGAGCUGGCGGAUGAGAUCACCAGGCGCUCCCAUGCUGAGAAUGACCUAGCAACAUACAGAAAGAGGUUUAUUUCACUGAAAAGCCGCAGAGGCGUGGAACGAAUGGAGGAGAAGGAAGUUGUGCAGUACUACCGUGACCCCAAACUAGAGAGUGACCUGGUGUCCCUGAAGAGUAGAAUCCAAGAUGAGACUGUAAAACGCUCUGGUACCCGGACAGACAUAAAGGUUGUCAAUGAGAAUAUCAUCCGCCGGGAGACUGAGCUGACAAAUGUCAAACCUAGGCUGUUGACCAAGGUGUUGACUGAGUUUGAGAGGGACCCCCAGCUUGACAAGGAGGCCACCAAGCUGAGAGAUGAGAUGCGCAAGCUGGAGCAGGAGGUCCAGGUGAGAGAUACAGAGACGGUCCACAUGAAGACUGAGAUCACAGUUCUGGCACAGAAGAGACCGACUAUCAAGGAGAGAGUAGUGAAAAAGGAGGUGGUGAGACUGGAGAAGGACCCGGAGAUGCUGAAAGCAGUUCUGACCUUUCAGACCGAGAUCUCAGAGGAGGGGUUAAGAUCCAAGUCCCUCAAUGAUGAAAUAUUCCGCACAAGGAGCCAAAUAAACACACUUGAGAGGGUCAUUCCCACUAUCCAGCCUAAGAUUGUUACCAAGGUGCUGAAGAGGGUGGAACAGGACCCUAAACUCAUUGACGAGGUUAAGACUAUCCACACCAGCCUGGAAGAGGAGAACAAGAUAAACAGUGAUUUGAUGAAGGAGCUCACCAGCCUCCAGAUCCGCUACAGUGAAGUGGAGAAGCUGCGGCCCAAGCUUGAGGUCAAGGAGAUCAUCAAUGAGAUCUACAGGGUGGACCCUGAGACAGAGGUGGAGCUGGUGAGGCUAAGGAAAGAGCUGCAGGACUCUAAUCGAAACCGCACUGAUCUGGAGAAAGAAAUCGACUCAGUUAUGGUGGAUCUUAAAACUCUGCGUUCCCAGAAACCCAAGUUGGAGUACAAGGAAGUGACCCAGGAAGUGAUUAAAGAGGAGAAGAGCCCAGAGGUCAUCAGGGAAAUGAAGAGGUUGAACGACCAGGUUUCCCUUCUGCGGGUCUCAUAUGACAGCACCCUUGAUCUGCUGAGCCGCCUGCGCAAAGAGAGAGAUGAAUGGAAGGUCGAAAAGUCUAAGUUAGAGACAAAGCUUGUAAACAAAGAGUUGAUCAAAUACGAAAAUGACCCCCUACUGGAGAAGGAGGCUGACCGUCUGAGGAGAGAUGUGAGGGAGGAAAUCCAGAAACGACGCAACGUGGAGGAAACUGUCUUUGACCUGCAGAACAAGUACAUCAUGCUGGAAAGGCAGAAACCAGAGGAGAAGAUUGUGAUGCAGGAAGUGGUGCGUCUUGAGAAGGAUCCAAAACAAAUCCUGGAGCAUGAAAAGCUGAACAAGAACUUGGAUGAAGAGGUUAAAUCCCGUAGAAAACUGGAAUUGGAAGUUCGGCAGCUGAGAGCCCUGGUUGAGGAGAAAGAGAGAAACUUGGCACUGAUGGACGACCGGCAAAAGAAAAUCCAAGUAGAAAUAGAGCUUAGACAGAUCAAAUCUCGCAUCCUUGAGCUUGAAAAUACCCCUCAACCCAUUGCGGAGAAGAUCAUUAUUGAGGAAGUCCUCAAAGUGGAGAGAGACCCCAAGCUUGAGAAACUAACCAGUGGCUUACGCACAGACAUGGAUACGGAGGAAACCAACAUCAGUCGUCUGGAAAGGGAUAUCCGAAACCUGAAGAUCAAGUUGGACAUCCUGCGCAAGGAGAAGUCCAUUGAAAAGACUGUAUAUAAAGAGGUGAUUCGGGUGGAGAAGGACCAGAAUGUGGAGGCUGAGAGGGACCAUCUCAGAGAACUAGUGUUACAGGAAAGAAGUUCCAGACGGGACCAAGAAGAUGAAAUCCAGAGGCUUAAUACCAAAGUGACCCGGCUCCAGACCACAAAGUCAAGCACCUCUCACGAAGAAACAAGCAUCACCCUCAAUCGAGAUUCCCUGAUCAGAGAGAAGGAAAAUCUCCUCAAAACACUGAGGACGUUGGAGUCUGAGAAACAGGACAUAAGCAUAUCGUUCCAGCUGCAGUCCAAGCUGAUGAGUGAGAGAAACCAGAUAAACAGGCAAAGGGGCUUCAAGAUGGAUUCUGAGGUACAACGUCUAGAGAAGGACAUCCUGGAUGAAAAAGACCGGAUACACCAAAAGGAGACCUACAUUAUGGAGCUGCAGAACAAUCUGAAGAAAGAGGAUCACUCUGAGACACAUACCAGAGAGACCAACCUCUCCACUAGAAUCAGCAUCCUUGACCCCGAGACUGGCAAAGACAUGGCACCAUAUGAUGCCUACUUAGAGGGUCUGAUUGACCGCAACCAGUACAUCCACCUCCAGGAGCUAGAAUGUGACUGGGAGGAGAUCACCUCAAUGGGUCCAGAUGGGGAGACCUCGAUUCUGCAAGAUCGCAAGAGUGGAAAGCAAUUCUCUGUCAAGAAUGCUCUAAAGGAUGGCCGCUUGACCCAGUCCGAUCUGCACCGCUACAAGGAGGGUAAAAUGCCUAUCUCAGAAUUUGCUCUCCUGGUCGCUGGGGAUUCCAAACCGAAGCCUUACAUUGGUCCAAUCGCAACACCAAGGACACCGACAAAGACCACUGCAGCAUCUUCUUUGAGCACAAUGCCCUCAUCACUCAGGUCUUCCUACUCAAAUCUCACAAACAAUAGAUACGGUAGCAGUAGCAACCUGAAUACUUUUAGCGGUGAUGAGCUCUACCCAAUCUCUGGGGUGCUGGACACCACCACCAACAGCCGUAUGUCUGUGCGUAGUGCCCUGACUCGAAACCUUAUUGACCCAAACACAGCCCAGAAGCUCCUGGAGGCACAGGCAGCCACGGGUGGCAUCGUCGACCUCAACAGAAAGGACAAGUUCUCUGUUCACAAGGCAGUUGAGCUGGGUCUCAUUGACAAAAGUCACAUGCAUCUGCUGUUGAAUGCUCAGAAGGCCUUCACUGGAGUAGAGGAUCCUGUGACCAAGGAACGUCUCGCAGUAGGGCAAGCGGCUGAGAAAGGCUGGAUACCUCAGGAUAGUGCCGUGAGAUACAUGGAAGCACAGUACCUGACUGGGGGGCUGGUGAACCCCCAUAAAGCUGGUCGCAUCAGUGUCCAAGAUGCUCUUAACACCAAGAUAAUCGACAGCACAGUAGCCAAGAACCUCCAAGACAAGUCUGCCCACACCAAAGAGUUGAUUGACCCCAUCACGAAAGAGAAGAUCUCUUACAAGGAGGCAAUGGAUCGCUGCAAAAAAGAUGUCACUACAGGACUCUUGCUGCUCCCUGCAUCCUCCAGCGGUGACUCCAGAGAUGCACCAUCAUACUCCAACUAUCGAUUCUCUGGCUCCUACAGCCAAGUCUAGACAUGUGGCUGACACACAUGCCAGAUCUAGAGUGAUGCUACAGCUCCAGGUGCUAAAUAGAAAUAGAAUUCAGAUCACAACAACACAAACAUAUUCUUAUGAUGUCUUUAUGGUAAAGGUAGAACAUUUUUAUAGUUCUGAUUGUUGAAGUCAGAAAAUGUCUAGGUUGUACUGUAUACAUUGACCUGUUCUUUAGUGAUGCUAUGAUUCUCAAGAGUUGCUGUACACAUAAUUAAAAUGUAUGUUUGGUGAAGAGCUUUCUUUUGAUUUGUUUUUCAGUAUUGUGAGAGCCAUUUAUUCCAAUAAACUUUCAAAUAAGCACUCAUUAUUAUAUUUUUCUAAACAAACGUUGGUCUCUGUGUGUGAUUACUCCUAUAUGAUGGUGGUAACGGUUGAAGUUCAAGUUGUUUAUUUGUCAUAUGGACAGGAACACAUUGUGGUUGUCACGCCCUGACUCUGGGGACUCGUAUUUGUUGAGUCAGGGUGUGUAUU